UUCAGUGUGACCCGGGUCCCUGUAAACGCGUCAGUUUCUCUGAACUGAACUUUAAAAUCUUAAACUUUCAGGUAGUGUAGUGACGUAACACCGCGAUUUCCCUUAUUUCGACAAAGCAAAAAAAAGUGAAUUAUCGAAGAAUAAUCGAUGUGUUAGAUCACAGAGCGGACUCGGGUUCGGGUUUGUGAGAUCAGGGAUCAAUCAGUGAAUACUCACUUUAUUCACUGAGAGCGUCAAAUCGUCUGAAUGAAGGUUAAAAUGCGCUCAGAGGCACGGACCAUGUCCCCUCUCCUGGUGCAGGACUCACUCUGCUCUUCUUCAAGGUUACGGCCUGAUAUGAAGAACUGAAGUGUGAGGAAGCAGCGCCCCCUGCUGGACCCUUGCUGCAGCUGCAGCCAUGGCUGAGUCCAGCUACUCCGACCUGAUCGCCACACACUACAACUACACCGGAAAGUUCCGCAAGACGCAGCAGGACUCGGGUCUGAAGGCCGAUUCAGUGGUCUUCAUCAUCGUGUGCUGCUUCAUCAUUCUGGAAAACAUCUUGGUCCUGACCACCAUCUGGAGGACCAAAAAGUUCCACAAGCCCAUGUACUACUUCAUAGGGAACUUGGCGCUGUCUGACCUGCUGGCGGGCGUCGUCUACACCGCCAACAUCCUGUUGUCAGGCGCAAACACCUACAAGCUGACACCUACUCAGUGGUUCUUCCGGGAGGGCAGCAUGUUUGUGGCCCUGGCGGCAUCCGUCUUCAGCCUGUUGGCCAUUGCCAUAGAGCGCCACCUGACCAUGCUGAAGAUGAAGCUGCACAACAAUGGGAACACGUUCCGGGUCUUCCUGCUCAUCAGCACAGUGUGGAUGAUAGCGGCGGUGCUUGGCGGCCUGCCGGUGAUGGGCUGGAACUGCAUUGAUAGCAUGACACAGUGCUCCACCGUGCUGCCGCUAUACCACAAGACCUACAUCCUGUUCUGCACCACCGUCUUCAGCAUCAUUCUCAUGGCCAUCGUGGUGCUCUACGCCCGAAUCUACGUGCUGGUUCGUACACGCAGCCGCAAGCUCGUCUUCCGCAAAGUCACCAACGGUCGAGGAAGCUCUGGCGCCAACAUCAAGAGCUCAGAGAAGUCGUUGGCAUUGCUGAAGACCGUCAUCAUUGUUCUGAGCUGCUUCAUUGCCUGUUGGGCACCGCUCUUUGUUCUCCUGCUGCUCGACGCAGCCUGCGAGACCCUCACCUGUCCCAUCCUCUACAAGGCUGAGUGGUUCCUGGCGCUUGCCGUUCUCAACUCAGCCAUGAACCCGCUCAUCUACACGCUGACCAGCAACGAGAUGCGUCGUGCCUUCAUCAAGACCCUGCUGUGCUGCACUGCCUGCCUCCGACCCAGGGCUAAGUUCACCGGGCCAAUCAUGGGGGCGGAGUUUAGCCGCAGCAAGUCAGAUAACUCCUCCCACCCAAACAAGGAGGAGGCAGAGUAUUCGCAGAGGGAGACGACAGCAGCUUCCUCAGGGAACGUCACCUCCUCCUCCUAAACACUCCGCACAAGCAAGUUGUUGUGAACGAGUCGUAGAGUCUCAGACGUAGGGUUUGUAUUUGACAGGAAAAAGUUGUGAAUGGCGCCUGGCGUCAUCACAGACCAAACUGAACCCUCAGCUGAUGCGGACUCACAGCACUUAUGAGGACUCUUAGACUGGAUGGACCGGUACCAGAGGACUCUCAGGUGGUGAUGGUGCACACUUUGUAAGAAGCUCUCACUUGUGACGAGUCAUUGAGUCACACCUGCAGGACGAUCAGCUGGAUGGAGGACUAACGCAGCAAGGUAGCUUCUUACAAAGUGUUUGUGACCCUAGUAGAAGAAUGAGACGUUUACUGACCCUCUAAGAACCACGCCGUCCUUUAGCUCUUAAACACACCACGGAGAAUAUUUAAGAGUUCAAAUUAAUUCAUGGAAAUGUUUGUUUUUCCUACACUUUCUUAAAAAAACUUCAUGUGAAACCCAAACAGGAAGUCAGAGAUUAGCUGAUUGUGUCAGAUGUCAUGAAGGUAAAAAUGUGAUGGUUUAAAUCAAACAGACUGCCUGACAGACGGACAGACGGACCUGGACUCUGACUUUCUGUGCCUCUGUGACAUUUUGUAAAAAGUUAACUGUUUUAGAAACUGUUGUCAGAAUGUGUUUUCUACUUCCUGUCUGAUUUUUUGUUCCGUAGUGACGUCAGGUUAGUCAAAUUAAUUUAUCUCUGUAACCACGAGAAGAAAAUCAUUUGGUCUGUAAAAAUCUAAAAUCAAGUUUUAUGUUGUUCAGUCACCUUCCAGACAUAAAGAGGCUCAUUUUUUGCCAAAAUUCAACAGAUUAAUGAACGUGCCCAGAGUCAAACUUCAACCCUCUCUAUGAUUACAGGAAGUGAUGAUGAAGGCAUCAGCUCAUUAAUCUGUUUGUAUAUAGUCAUCAGCAUAAUGAAAUAUAAGAUGUACCAGAGGGCGCCAAAACAAACACAAUCAAAAGUUCCCUACAGGAGCUUUAAACAUUAACUGAAAUGUACAUUUUUUAUUUGUAUUUUUAUGCUUUUAUUUGAAAUGAGCGCUUGAGAUAGACAGGAAUGUGGGGAGAGAGAGGGGAGGUGACAUGCACUGAAUCAUGUCAGGACUUUGAUUCAAACCUACGACCAGUAAGUUGAGGACUGUAGCCUCUGUACAUGGGACACCUGUUCAAUCUCCAGAGCUGACUCAGUGCCCCCUAGAGGAAGCUGCUGCUUUCUCUUUAACCCUGGAAAGGAACAUUAGUCUUGGUCACUUGAUCUUGGUUGAUUUUUAUAUUUUGGCAGGAAUGAGCCUCUGUAUAGUUCAGACUCUCUUGCUGUGGUGACUGGGUGUUUUCAGUCCAUCAGGAGCAGAUCUAUUAAUCCAUUAAUGUGUGUGUGUGUGUGUGUGUGUGUGUGUGUGUGUGUGUGUGUGUGGGUGUGUGGGUGUGUGAGUGUCUUCACUGUUUAACUCCUGUGUGUGUUUGUUA